GAGAUGAUGAACGAGAACGAGGAAGUCGCGCUUGUGGGAUGGGGAGUUCACAAUAACUGCUGAAAUGUCCACUCAAUCCACGCCGCCUGCCAUUGAAUGACAGUCACUGAGCGGAAGACAGAGAGGCGUCUCCACCGUGCGGCGCCACGAUUGAUGCGACACAGUACACCUGAGGAGUGAACGAUACCUGCGGAGAGUAGACUCUUCUCCAAAACCAGCUCGCCAACAUGGGGUUAUCACCUUCUAGUCUCCUAGAUGAACAUGGAUCCAACUACAUACGAGGUUGUGCAGAGGCAGAGUUGAAAGAGUUCGGUCCCCACUACAGGAAACAGUACUCUGUGGUCUUCUUCUCCCAAGUCCAGGAUGAACUGGAGCAGCCAAACGAGAAAAUAAAACAGCUCCUCAAACAGAGGGGUCCUCCGGAGGCGGGGGAGGUGCUGUAUGAGGAACAAGUCCUUCAUUUUGAAGCAACCAGGAAGUGGGAAGAGAGGUACGUGGUGGUGCGUGGCAACUACUGUCUGGAGUGCCACAACAGCUUUGAGACCUUUGUGAAGGGUGUGCCCCCGCGCCACAAGCUGCUGCCAACAGGGGGCACAGUGCUCACCACAGAGGAGAAAUACAUGGCCAUGGUGGACAAAUGCUUCCCUGUUUCUGAAACCAACAAUGAGAAUGAAAAGUUUGCACCUCCUAUAAUCGGCAUGCCUGGACAGUUCCCUGUGUACCUCAGGCUUCCGUACCGUAGGGAUUACUACUUCUGCUUCCGACAGGAUGCUCGCCAAGCUGAAUUCCUCUCCAUCCUCUCCGACUGCAUCCGCCACCAGAACCAAGACUUCCUAAAGAAGAAGACAGUUGAAGUGCAGGCCUUCCUCAAAGCAGUCCACCUCUACAGACAGGAGAAGGGCAGCUAUGACUCCUGGAAAAUGCUGAUUGGCAGUGACGUCAGGGUACUGGCCAACCUGGUUAUGGAGGAGCUGUUGCCCUCUUUGGAGAAGGACAUGCUGCCUCAUCUAAAAGCCAGGAAGACAGAGAGGAAGAGAGUGUGGUUCGCUACCGUAGAAGCAGCCUAUAUCCUGGUGCAGGAGUGUCUAUUUGAGGGUAUGUCUGCUCUGAAGGAGGAGUGUAGGAAGGCAGCUCACCAGCAGGAGGUGCUGAUACGCUCUGAUAUGGACCAGAUCCUCAACUCCAGAACCUACCUGGAGGGAAAACUACGAGCUAGUGUAUUGGAGUCAGCAGAGAAGUUCUGUUCGGAGAGCGUGCAGCCCUACCUGGCCUCCGUACUGGAGGAGCUGAUGGGACCAAUCAGCUCAGGGUUCCAGGAAGCACGGCUCCUGAGUGACAGCCAGAUGGACCAACUGUGUCAGGACUUCCAGGAGGGCGGGGUUACCAAUGAACUCAAGCAGGCCCUAGCUAAACUGAGUAGGCCCAAUCUGUUGAGUUGUUACCAGAGGAUCAACUCUCUCCACGACCAGCUGCACGACCUGCAGGAACGCUUUGGGUUCUCCAACAUCAGCAGCCUGGUCCACAGCACCCAGAUAGACCUACAGCAGCUGGUGGAGAAUGCAGCGUACACAUUUCAUCUGCUGCUCUACAAGGACAUAGAGGACAACCCAGGCAACGCGUGCUCUGCCAUGGAGAAGUCCAGGCACAGGGUCCUCAAGCAAUAUGACUAUGACAGCAGUACGGUGAGGAAAAGGAUCUUUCGUGAGGCCUUGGUGGGGAUCACUCUCCCUCACAUCAAGAAGACCCUGGCCCCCACUUACAAAACAGAGCUGCAGGGUCUUAAACAGUUCAUCUAUGCAGACUAUUCCAACUAUGUCCAUGUUCACAAUAUCUAUGAGGGCAUUUUGCUGCAGAGUCUGGACAAGGAAGUCAUCAAAGUGGUGGAGGAGGCAGCCAGGCUGAAGAAACACAAUCUGUUCACAGACACCAGAGACCUCCUGAGCCAGUCCAGCUGCUCCAGCAUAAUCUCCACCCCUAUCAACACCAGCAACCCAGCCAGGAUGCUAGGCUUCCCCGGACAGCUCCAGACCCAGCCCGAAGCCGAGCCCCAGCCACCCUCCCUGCUGAGCCAAAGAGGCCCUCCAGGCUGGGGAGCCUGCCCCCAAGGCCCGGGAUUGUGUGAAGGAGAUCCGGGACCUGGUGGUGGAGUUGGGAGUGGAGAAGAUGGUGCAGCGUUACCCAGGUAGUCAUAACCUAUAAGAGAGUGGUGACAGAGUGAGGGGCCUGAUGUCACACAGAGAAUAAAGGAUGACAAGGGCCCCAUUUUUUUUAUCACUAAUUAUGAGGAGUAUGGAAAGGUGAGACUAUACCCUUGCUGUUGUGGAAACCGACUGAGAUUGCCUUCACUGUAAAAAAGCAAAGUAAUUUUUAUACAAGCAUAAAACUAAGUUUCCACAAAACUGGUCAAAUAUGAAUGUAUACAAUUGUUUGUGAGAAGAUCAAUGUGGUUAGAUAUGGCCAUAACUGGAUUAUCAAAUUCAGAACCAAGGAAAACAUCAAAUUGACUAUUGUAAUUGUGUGGAUUGAACUUCAUUUGUGUCAUAGAUUUUUAUAUGUAUUUUAGAUGAUUUGAGAACAGUUUGAUAUAUGCCAGUUUAAGUUGUUCAAUAUUAAAUCAAGAACACUGCCGUAUAUUGAAUCGGUCUGAGUAGCAAUGGGACGGUUUAGGGAUUUUCUGUUCUAUGUACAGCUAUCCCAAUAAGAGAUACAUCCAAAGGCAUCAUGAUUUGAGGAGUAUAUUAUUAUACUGUAUACACGUAGGCCUACUGCAUUGAUUCCAUGAAGAAGAAUGAGCCAUUUCCAAUGGACGGGGUUGCUAUGGAGACUGGUCUAGUGCCUUUAUUUCUGAAUAACCUUUAGCUGUGUUGAAAUGUCAACACCAUCCAGUGCCUGUGCAUAACAUUUUACACUGGCAAUUUGGGAAGGGGCUGUGUAUAUUCACUGUAUAUUUAACAGUUAAUUGCUAGCUAAAUGUAAUUGAUUGUUUUCAGCUACUUUUGUGCUCCAUAAACUCGGCUAUUAACCCUUCAGUGCUAAAGGAAGGCAAACGCAUUAAAUGUGUUGUAUUGUUUUAUAGUCAAAUAAAAAGGUUAUUUUAUUUAAAUAAAUAACACUCAAGCACUGGA